ACGCAAAAACAAAUUGAAAAGCGCAACAACAAAUUGAAAAGCGCAAAAACAAAUUCACUAAACGCAACAACAAAUUGAAAAGCGCAACAACAAAAGAAGAAUCACAAAAACAAAUUGAGAAGCACAAUUACAUUAAGAAAACCGGAAAGGGUAGGUACCAGUCGGCAACAGGAGACAUCACUGAUUGGAUGUCCGCGCUGUUCGUCUUUGGAACCGGAAGUUACUCUGCCUGUAGCGCAUUUCUUUUGAAAAACGGCGGAAUGUUUUGUCCUAGCUAUGGGAAAAGUCUGGUUGAGGAGUCACCAAACUUUUGCAGCGGCUGUGGCGAGAGGCUUUAUCACGCAUCUUGCAUCGGAGACACUUCACUCCCAUUGACAUCACAGACUACCUCAAACUGCCCGACUCCAACCUUCAGCACCUUCUUAGAAUACAGAAAAAAGAAAAAUGAAGAGAGGCAAAAGUUUUCUGAAGGGAGGAAGGGCUUAAAGAAAAAGGAAAAAAGAAAGGUUCAGAUAAAUGUCGGCUUGAUGACCAUUAAAAAGGGUGGUUUGAAGCCAUACCGUGGAAAAACUAUUUUCCUAACAACAGACCCUGACGCUACUGCCACAAGUCUGCUCAAUCAAGCUGUUAAAAAAAUGAAGGACUUUAACAAAGAUCUAAAAGAUGGACCUUUCCUUCUUCUGUAUCCGGAUGGCACUGAGGUCAUUACUGUCCCUGGAACACAAAGACCAUUUACACUUGAGGCUUAUAAGGCUGAAGUUGGCAAGCCUUAUCAAAGAAUCACUGUUUUCAUCUGCUUGAAGAGUGACUUUGAAGAUGUUGGAGAAAACUCAGACUUGUCUGACUCUGACCCAGAGAUUGUUAUUAAAAGGCCCUCUGAGUUUGAUCUUGCUGAUACACUGCCGUGGGAACUUCAACAUGAAAGCAGUCCUUUACAGAAAGCGGCAGAAUAUGAGAAGGGUGCUGGGGAUCUUGUGCUUGCUAAUGAAGUACAACAGAGACACCAAUUUGCAGGCACAUGGAAUUAUUGCAAAUUUGGCACUGGAACUUGACCACAAGAAGGUCAGCAGGUUCAAUAUAUCAAGGUCAGCUGUAUGGGAUGGAGCUGUUAGAGGAUUUCGACGCAGCACAUACUCUGACAACUACAACAUGUUCAUCAAGUUUAAUGAUGAUGCUGGCAGCUUUGAAGAAGGUUUGGAUACAGGUGGCCCGAGGCGUGAAUUCCUCACACUUCUUAUGGGCAGUCUGUGAAAUCGCCCCAUCUUUGAUGGACCUCCAGAGAGCCGUUAUCUUGUAUAUAAUUCAAGAGCUGCCAGGCAAGAUGAGUACUUUUUAGCAGGAAAGAUGAUCGCUGUAUCCAUUGUGCAUGGGGGACCAGCACCACAUUUCCUCUCCAAGAACCUGGUCAACCACAUCACAGGGAAUCAGAGUUUCAGCGCCACUGUAGAAGAUGUGCAAGAUGAGGAGAUCACAAAAUUCUACAUCAGGUAGAAAAUUACCUAGGCUCAGGGAAUGGGUUUACUUAGAAGACACUUGGGGCCAGUUUAAAAGAUUUAAUCAGGAUAAAAGUUAUCCGGGUUGGAUCAUAUCUUGAAAGUAGGUUCAAGGUAGAUUCUGUAAUCUGAAAGGACAGAUUUCCAACUCCCAACAACACAAGUGAAAUAACAAAUUGAUUAUUUUUUUAAUCCAAUGUUUGAAUGAAUCGUAAAAGUAGUGAUAAUUAUAUUUUUGUUUUUCUUACAGUAAACCUUUUUUUUUUAUAGGUCCUGAAAGCUGAAUCAGAGGAGUCUUUGCAUAAUCUUAUUUGCAAAACAGCACAAUCUUCCAAACUGCUGGAUGCCUCAGAAACGUCAAGCCUUUUGAGAAACAAGCAUUUGUGGAGGAGUACCUCAGAUGGUACAUCCUUGAAAGAAAACAAAGUGUCAUUCAACGAUUUAAAGAUGGACUGGAAAGUCUGAAUUUUUUAAGUGCACUGCAACAAAAUUCCAGUGUGCUGGCCCCACUCCUAUGCUUCUCUGCCAAGGCCCUGACUGCUUCAGAACUGGACAGCAUGUUCAGACCAGAUCUCAGCCCAGCAGGAAGCAACAAGCGGCAUAAGGAGGUCCUAACACUUGGCUUUUGGGCAGAUUAUCUCCUUGAUUGUGAAGGUUUGAAUGACCAUUUUUAUUUGUUUAUAGUUUUAUGAAAGGAGAGGUGAGGAAAUAAAUUUUCUGUAAUGUACUACAGUGUUUGCUGUUGCCUUCUCUGAAAGAAGAAAGUAGUGUGUCUGGAAGAUUUGAUGUUUGCCACAGGGCUGACGGCAGUUCCACCGGCAGGAAUGACACCACCACCAUGCAUCCAGUUUUUAAGUGUUUUGCCUUUUCCAGUUGCAAACACCUGUGCAAAUACUCUGAAGCUACCCAUCUGUGACUCAUACAGCAUCUUUAAGGCCAACAUGGACUUUGGAAUUCAAAAUGCUCCAGGAUUUGGAUGUUCUUAAAUCAGCAAGGUCAUCAAGUUACAGUUACUGAGUUACCCUGUUAGGUUCAGCUGCCGUUGGCAUACUACUUAACACAUUCAUGUGACAAGCAACUUCCAUAUUGUUAAACAUUUAGUUGUUUUUUCUGAAUAUUGUGUAUGUUGGAAAAGUGACAGAAAUGCUGGACACUAUUUGUAAAUGGUUUUAUUAAAGAAAAUUUUAAAUGUU